AUGAAAUCUUUUGUUGCCUCAGUGUUGGUUUUCGCCUUUUGUAUCUCCGUAGGUAAGGUGUGACCGUUUUUAUGUCAGGUGUCUAGAUAUUUUGCCAGUCUUCGUAGAUUUAGCAAGCUUUAAAGGGGUGCUAUGCUGAUCCAGGUAACCUCACGCAAAUCAUUACAUGCAAUCGAAUCGUUGUUAUCACUUUGCCAUAUAUAUCAAAUAUGGGGCGCGGCCAUCUUCCGCGGCAAUUUCGUGAGGUGAUUUUUUGUUUUGUAGUCGAUUUGUGAACUUCUCUGUAUGGGUACCUACUGGGCCAUUGUUUUCGUUGCCGGUUUUCCAUCAAACUGAAUGAAAUCGUCGCAUAUCAAGAAUUAUUUUGCGUGGUAACACUCCCAACGUGCAACACAGUUUUUGGCAGAUCUAUUUGCCGACAUCGCACGAUUAAUUUUUUCAAACUUUACUGGAAUAGUCUCUAAAAUUGUCGUUUCAGUAGAAGUGAUCGCCGAGACUUCGAUUUCGCAAGCAAUACCCAUAGAGGGCCUAAUUUUUACGGAUUGUGCGUUGUUGAUGUUGUCAAGCUUUUUCAAAAGGCGUUCAGUGAAAUUUGGCAAAAUAGAUAACGUUGAAAAACAGGAAAUUUAUUUGAGAGUCAAUGUAUUUAGCACGAAAGUACUAAUUGGAGACACUAUUUUUUACCUCUUCUAUAAGAGAAGGGACCGCCAUUUUACGUGGUCCUCUGAGCAGGGUGAAGGUCUAGCCAUCUGGGCCCAGUUGUUCGAAGGCCGAUUAGCGCUUAACCCAGGGUUAAAUUUAACCCGGGUUUCCUUUUGUUGUGUUCAAAAGCAUUUACCUGGAUAAAUUUGACUCAUUUUUAGAGCUUCCGAUCAUCAACUUGUAGACAAAAAGAAUUAAAACUGAAAUGCUUUUUAAGCUUUCAAAUCUUGAUUCAAAUCUCGCCCUAACCCUGGGUUAUCUUAACCCAGCUUUGAACAACUCGGCCCUGAAGGGCAAAGGCAGUACCUUCAUUUCUAAGUUAUUUUAAGACCCCGAGUAUUGGUCUAGACUCGAGAAUCAAACCCGCGACCUCCCGCUCUGCAGUCAAGCGCUUUACCGACUGAGCUAACCCUGCCGAGUUGAUUUCGCAAGCUUUUGGGAACGCUAAUUACUUUAGCGUGAGGUAUCCCUGUUAAUUACAUGCUUCUAAUAAUAACCUGAAAAUGUCAGUCUUAAAGCUUCAUUGUUGGUCGACAAAGAGAUUAUGUUCUUUCAGCGGAUUGUUGUGGGGGGUACAAAGAACGGUAGCUCUUGAAAUAUCGUUUGCUUUUCGCUUUCACCAUAGUUGAUAAAGUGGAGUUGUUUUAAAGCCUAUCAGAUUUUUUUGUAUGUUUUCUCUUGUUAGUUUUUUCGGACUUCCACCAUGCAAUAAAGACAAAAAAACAAAAAAAAAGAUACAACUCUCCAACAUAAACUGCAGCACGGUUGUUUUUAUCUCUCACAUAUGCAUGCCCUUGAUAUUCAACUCAUUUUUCAAAAUCGCACCCCUUCGUGUUUGAUGUUCCAUAACUUUGGCUGUAGUGCAUGUACAGAAAAGCCACAAAAUGAAACAACAUAUCUAACAUUGAACUUAAUUUUUGAGCGAUGUUUUGUUGACAUUGCCGCUUCCAUAGCAACAACAAUUUGAGAAUUUUCUCGAAAUCUAGCUAUACUAAAUAUUCUAGUGCGCUAACAGGUUACACCGUCGUUUUUACCUUGGCAAUGUUUGAAUUUCAGAAAUGUAAUGUUCUAAACAUUUUGAAUCCCCAAAAAUGUCUUUUUCACUUUUUGUUUUUGAAUGAUCAAAAAUGUUGGUUUACAGCGCUGGAAAAACCCUUAUUUAUAUACCUAGCUUAAAGUGCGGCUCGAUUCUUUCAAUGGUGGUAAAAAAAAUUAGCAAGCAACCUUUGUGAUAACACAUUUCUCUAUUCUUACUCAGAAUAUAUGUUUACUUGUGUGAGCGUAAAAAAGUGUCCUCUUUUUAAAGCCGCUGUUCAUAAACCGACUCGAUAUUUUUUAAAGCGCUAAGGAUUUUUAAAAAGUGAAAUUUCAAAGCCAUUAAAAAUUUGUAAGUUAAUGAAAUAAAAUUGAAUUCGUGGUGAAUAUUUGCGCUCAGUUGACUUCGUAAUGGCUGCGGCUGCAUUAAGAGACUUAGUAUGUGUAAUCAAAUGGUGACGAGUGUAACUAUUCCCUAAGUCAAGAGUAUACCAUUUCAUUAAAUUUGGCUUAAGUUCAGAAUUUUUAGAAUUUUUCGACAAAAUACAUGUUAGAAUCCUUCUUCAUGUGCUCUUUCGUGUGUUCCGGUUUUUUAAAGCGUCUUUUAAUGCCCUGACAUCUUCAUUCAUAACAUUUUAAAACUUCGUCGCUAUCUUGGCACUAAGACGUACGGAAGGUUGCCAUGGCAAUUUUGUAAUUUCACUUGUGAAAUUUUAAAUUAACGCUGUUUAUACUACUACAUGAGAAAUCUCUGCAAUUUGAUUGGAUUAGAGCAGUCGUAUUUCAGCUUAAUUUGAAAUACCUACAUUUGAAAAUUACAAACCUUUUGCGAGUAGUAGUAUAAGCAAAUAAUAGCAUGAUUUGUACGUGAUAUUUGGCAUAAAUACCACUCGUGAUAUUUCAAAACUGUCUCAAAUUUCACUCGCCUAACGGCUCGUGAACUUACGUAUAACAAUUUCGAAAUAUCACUCGUUGUAUUUAUGCCAAAUAUAACUACAAAUCCUACUAUUACCUAUACAAAUUCGCGCCAAACUUGAUGAUUAAGGAGUAAUUCGUCACCUAUGAUACUAACGGAGUUAUUUCUAAUUAACUAAUUAAAGUUAACUCGUUUAAAACUGAACACUGCGGUGCGGCUAGCCUCCCCCGCAGACGUUCUUUGGGGUUCGUCACGCGUUCAGCGUCCAGCCUUUACUGAGAGAAAUAUACAAAAAACCAACGCUUAUCUCAAAGAUUCUCUUCCGGAGCAAAAAUCUUACAUAUGUGUUUGGCUUGUCAACACUUUGACUUCAACAGUGCCGAUUGGAUCUCCGAUAAUCUGCAUAUGAUCUCCAUCUGAUAUUUGCGAACAAUGGGAAAGGAAUUUAUCGUUCGAUUCAGCAGACAUUAGUUGGGCGGGAACGCGUGACGAACCCCUAAGAACAUCUGCGUGGGAGGCUACGGUGCGGCCGCAUUUCUACAGUGCCGGAUCUACAGUCUUUUAUACUACUACAUGAGAAAUUUCUGCAAUUCGAUUGGCUUAGAGCAGUGGUAUUUCAGCUUAAUUUGAAAUACCUACAUGUGAAAAUUACAAACCUUUUGCGGGUAGUGGUAUAUACAAAUAAUAGCAUGAUUUGUACGUGAUAUUUGGUAUAAAUAUCACUAGUGAUGUUUCAAAAUUGUCUCAAAUUUCACUCGCCUAACGGCUCGUGAAAUUACGUAUAACAAUUUAGAAAUAUCACUCGUGGUAUUUAUGCCAAAUAUCGCUACAAAUCAUGCUAUUACCUAUACAAACAAGCUCUACCCGGUUUUGCAAAUCAAGAAAGAACAAUACAUUUUCUUAACCUAGUUUAACGCAGGUAGUUUACUUCUUCAGGAUUAUGAAAUGAAACGGAAUGAAAUGAAAUUUCGUGGAUGAGAGGACAAUAUACGUGCCCUCUUUAAAUUAUAUGUGAACAUAAUUACAGUAAGCUCGGACUUCAGCCAUACAAAAGCGCCAAUGACAGCCGCUACCUUUCCUUCUAUAAGCUUAUUGUAACCCACAUGGCCCAUGAUAUAAAUGAUGUGUGAAAGGUUGACUACACCAACCAGCCGAAAACUUCCACAACUCUUUUCAAUCAGUAGUGUGGGCUCUUUUACGUCACGUUCAAUUUGAUGAAGGAGACUAGGCCAACGGCUUAACGUCUCCGUCCAAUUACGCAAACAUAUGAAUUAAGACGAGAUCUUAAACAUAAUAAAUCUUACUAGUUUUUUUAAAGACCCUGGUUGUUGGUCCGGUCGGGGUUUGAACCUAAGAGCUACCGCUCGCAGAACAUGUCUCUUCGCUUGUUUGUUUCCACAUAUUUGGAUGCAGCAUGACGGACAAUUUCCUUUCAAAUUCGAGUAAUUCUUCUAGUAACGCUUCAUUUCAUUCAGUUAUCAAAGUAACGCAACGCCUCUCUUUGCACUUCUUGUUUAUAUAUAUCAGAGGAAAACACAGAGUUGACGUAAUAUAUCAAACAUGAGACGCAGUGUUUCAUCACCAGAUGAAACACCGAGAAGAGAGUUGGAAAUACGACGCGCAGCGGAGUAUUUUUGACGAACUUCGAGGUGUUUCAUCUGGUGAUGAAACACUGUGUCGAAUGUUUGAUAUUUCUUCUCAAACAAAAUCAUUUUUGAAGGAGAAAUUAAGGAUGCAAAAAUGAGCAGUUUUUCAUCUGAUAUCCAAACACUCAUUAAACAUUCAUUUCCUUUGAAUUUUCUUUAUGAAUUAUUAAUGAGUUUGAGAACUCACUUUCUACCACUUGAUCUACCUACUUCUUGAGAAAAAUAUUUCUUGACAAAUAUUGUGGAAGCUCCGCUUUGGGCCUUUGCUAAACUUGAAUACGUGUACAGUGUGUGUAUUUUUUAGACGUAGCCGCGCUUGUAAAGGAGGAUGAAACAAGCACUGAUUUAUUUUUUGAAUAAGUCAUUGAUCUUUCCUUUACAGUACGAGCAAAAUAUUGAUCUAACUCUUGUGGUACUCGAGUCUUUAGAAUUAUAUCUAACUCUUGUUUUCCAAUACUGGACUAGACUUCAACCAUUUCCUGACGGGUAUUAUUUAUGCUAACCCUUAUACUUGUGAUAACAUAAUAAUCAUAAACAAUAAAAUUACGACUUUUCACUUUCAUUUGUAGGACACGGUAUCAAGUGCUACCAGUGUGAAUCAACUACAAAUUGGGAUGACUGUGUUAAUAGAAACGAAACGUCGUGUUUUUCUGGCCUUGACAGAUGUUUUAAAGGCCAUGUGGAAGCAGAAAAAGACGGCACAACCCUCAAAACUUACGGAAGGUCUUGUACAACGAAAGAGUUAUGCGACAAAGGUUGCGAUACGCUCAAAGACGAUGGUUAUGAUGUCAAAAAGUGCGACUUCUCCUGCUGUGACAAAGAUCUGUGCAAUGGAGCCAAGGUACCAAUGGCCAGUGGUUUCCUAUUCUUGGCAUGCGCUUUUGCAGUUUUUGUCCGUUAA